UUGUGGAAAGGCGAGGUGCACACAGCUGGCCCUGACUGGAGUAUAUAACGCCUGGAAUGACAGUGGCAUUGAAUGGAUCGCAGCGAAAACGCCCGGCUGUUGCGCGCAGCUCCGUUAGGAAUACAAGUAUGAUUUUUCAUUGCAGGCGCAACUAAGUUUGAGGAGUUUCCUGCAACUUCAUGCUGGACAAAAUAUAAAGUGUUCGUCUGUGUAGUGCCUUCCCUUGAGCGUUUUUCUUUGUCUUUUUUGGAUACGCCAUGGAUUUUUUUUGGUGUGAAAAGUGUCAAAGUGAAUUUAAUAGCCGUCGGAGAGGAGAAAGUUGCAACUUGCUCUUUUUAAAACCACAUGCUGCUUCCUAAACAUCCCACGGAUAUUUAUAACACCAUUUCAAUACAUUCUGGAUGCGAGCUGAACGCGCACAAGGACUUAUGACAUGCGGUUAUGGUGCCGUGGUGGCAGAAGUUAAAAUGAGGUCUUUUGGCGAGCAGUUGGUGCGCUCAGAAUGGCCCGGGAGGAUUCGGUGAAGUGUCUGCGCUGUCUGCUCUACGCGCUCAACUUUCUCUUCUGGCUUAUGGCCCUGUGUGUGCUGGGAGUGUCUGCCUGCCUCAGGGAUCACCUGAACAAUGUGUUCACCUUAACCGCUGACACCAGACUGGAGGAGGCAGCCGUUCUCACAUACUCCCCCGUCGUCCAUCCUGUCGUCAUCGCCGUAUGCUGUUUUCUAAUCAUCGUGGCUAUGGUGGGCUACUGCGGCACACUCAAGUGCAAUCUGCUCCUACUGUCUUGGUAUUUUGGCAGUCUGAUGGUGAUAUUCUGCGUGGAGCUGGCCAGCGGAGUGUGGACGUACGACGAGCCUAUGGUACAGAGGUCUGAUAUGAUAAGUCUGAAGUCACGUAUGCCUCAUUUCGGCCUGCAGCGCUACCAGUGGCUCACACAUGCCUGGAACGCUAUACAAACAGAGUUGAAGUGUUGUGGAGUGAUCUACUUCACUGACUGGCUGGAAACGACAGAGAUGGAGUGGCCACCUGACUCCUGCUGCUCCAAUCAGUAUCCAGGAUGUGCCCGUCAUGCCCACUACCAUGACCUCAGUGACCUUUACCAGGAGGGUUGUGGACCCAAGAUCUACAGUUUUAUCCGUGGCACCAAGCAGCUGCAGGUGUUGAGGUUCUUGGGCGUGUCAAUCGGCGUGGCUCAGAUCUUAGCCAUGACGUUGACUGUGACACUCCUAUGGGCCCUCUAUUACGACCACAAACCACCUGACCCAGCAUCCCCGGAUGCUUUAAUCCAAACGCACAGCCCAGCAGAAGACGCUCAGAAGCCCAGCCACUCACAUCCACGAGCGCCUGAGGCCUGGGCCAACACGCCUGCUAAUGGACACACCCAGUUUGAGAUGGAGCAACUUUCCUAGCAGUGACUUCAUGGUGACCCAUCGGCUACUUCAACACUGCGGAGACACUAAAAAUGACACUGAAUGGAUUGGACAGCAGUGAACUGGACCAGAAAAUGGACCUUGUGGAAUGUGAAGUAAUUCUGUGUGCCUGGAUAACAAGAUUUAGGUGGUGUGAAUAGUUUUAUAGAAAACUUUAUAUACCUGUGGAUAAAGUGGCUUUUUGUGGUCAUAACAUAGAAGAUGAAGUGGAUUUACUGGGUUCUUCCUAAAUAAAGCCAUUGCCUCUGUUUCUACGGACUUGAAUUCUCCAGAGGGAGGUUUCUAGAAUGAACCGUUUUUGCUUAAAUCUUUCUUCCUCUCAGUGAAAUGGCCCGUCACCACUUACACUGACAUAGUUGCAAACCUGGUGAUUUUAGCCACUAUUUUGCCAUGCGAGACAAGAAUUGUAAGAGUUUUCUUUUAUCGUAGUCCAAAAUUGGCAAUCUUUUAACAUUCGCUUCACACUAUGAUCACAAUUUACCUCAAGUUUGUUCAGAAAAAUUCACUAAUUCCUUCUUUCACCAAGCUACGACAGACUUCAAACACUCCGACUUGUUUUCUUUACUAGCGCAAAAGUUUGUGUGGUACUAUUUAAAUGUUUGUUUGAACAUUCAUAUUCAUUUAAAUGAGCAUUCAUGACAAUUUUGUCUAAGAUAUACAGUGUGACAUGCAAAACAAAACCAGUUUGCGUUGGCUUUUCUCAACCGGUUCAUAUUCUGAAAUCUGACAUAAAGGACAGGAAAAAUACUGUGUAUUCACACACACACACACACACACACACACGCGCACACGCACACAUAGAAACAAGUUUGAGUCUUAAUGAGAUUUUUCAGUUGGAAUGAAUGACGUUGCUGCUAAAAGCUCAUUAUGAAGAUACUAGGAUACAUUUGUGUGGGUUUUCAUGUCUUAAUUUAACAGCCCCGUGAUUUGAUUCAUAUGGACUGGUGCAUUAAUGAGUGUUUUAGAUCUCAAAAAUAGUAAUAAUUUUCUAUGCAGUAAUAGUCUGCACAAAAAAUAGGUUAUAAUAGGGUUAAACUCUGCUGAAAGUUUGAGAAACCUCUUGCAUGUGAAUCAGUGCAUUAAACACGUCGAGAUGGUGUUACUCGAAACCUGUGUGUGUUUGUUCAUAGACAAUUCACAUUUCAGCCAACAUAACGUGUACCCUUAGAAGUUUGAAUUCAUUUAUUUUUAUCAUGGAUGAAUCAAAGGAGCAAAUUAUGGAAGGUCUUGAACACCAACAGGUUUAGGGUGGAUCAAAAAAAAA